AUGAGCCGUGGCACGUAUGCGGUGAAGCACGUUCGCCGCUCUACAUCAUCGACGUCGAUUUCGUCUUCGUCUUCGUCUUCGUCAACAGCAAGCACCACACUCGACAUUCCGAGCAUACAACGACUAGUCCGAACUGUUUUCCGGUCAUCAAGAAUCACUGUCCAACAAGUGGAACUCAUCCAGGGCUUUCUGGGGCAAAUCUACAUCACCAGACUCGGCGAUGGCAGCAGUCUCGUGCUCAAAUGUCCACCUCGGCACAGCGUGCGGCUCCUUCGACAUGAGAAGCAUUUCCUCGUGACGGAACGCUCGAUGCUCGAGACAAUCCGCACCCAUACCCGGAUCCCCGUUCCCCAGCUCAUCAAGUACGACUGCCAUGGCGAGCCCCUCGGGACACCCUUCCUCAUGAUGACCCAUGUACCUGGCCGGCGGCUCUCGGAGCUGGCACCGUACCUCAGUGGCAGCCAACGCAGUGCCAUUGACCACACCAUGGGCACGCAUGUGCGGGCGCUCACGGCGCUGUCGGCAGCCCAGUUUGGCAUGGCGCAUCGAGUGGCAGCCAAGAAAGGCAGCAGCUCGUGGCGCGAAGCCUUCCUUGGCCUGCUUGAAGCCGCGCUGCGGGACGCAGAAGACAUGCUGGUCAACUCGCAUUCGGAAAGCAUCCGCUACUGGAUCGGUAAGCACACACACCACCUCGAUGCCGUCACCGAGCCCCGUCUCGUCGCCCUCAACGCCUGCUGCCCGGACAAUAUCCUCGUCGAUGAGCUCUCCAAACACGUCGUCGGCCUCGUCGGCUUCUCAAACGUCAUCUGGGGCGACCCGCUCAUGAGCGGCGGCAUCGCCGGUGCCAGCGAAGCCUUUUUUGCUGGAUUCGGUCAGUGUCCACCUACGACCGGGGGUGCGAGGGUGAGGAUGCUGAUAUACCGGACGUACAGGGCUACGGUGCGCCUCGUCGCACACCACUAUCGUCCGCAUGAUGGCACUGAUGAGCUUGAUGCAAGGCGCGAGCUGAGCCAUGCACUUAACGAACUUGCAGCUGUCUGAGGCACAUGCAACCAGCCCAUGACAGCAAUCAACGUGUAAGACGGGAUGAGAGGGAGGGGAGUGAGCGGGGUGUGCUUGACGUAGGCCGCAUUAAUUACUGCGGUUAAUGUUCUCUUUCUCUCGUUUGGCGUUGGCGUACGUACCUACGAGUCAAGGUGGCCUUGCUGGGGGGGGGGGCAUCACCACACCUCAUGUUCUUUUUCGUUCUGCGCAACAACCGGCAUUUGAUUUAACAAGGGACAAAAGAAAUACACGAACAACUAAGUUUGAUAGAUAGAUGUGAGCAUGGUCAUGGUCUAGGUUUUUUUUUGCACGGCGCUACAAGUGGAGGAAAGGGAGGUUUUCUUCUCGAUUUUUUUUCUGCUUCUGUUUCUGCUUCUGCUUCUAAGUACUUCUUGUCUAGCCUGCAUAUUGCAAUGGAACCUUGGAACUCCC